AUGCAUCCCAAUCUCUUCAUGAUCAUGAUCGGAAUCUCUAUUUUCAGCCACCUUCCUAUGUUUCUGGGUGAAGACAAUGAGCAAUAUGCAGCCUGUGGUGAGUUGUUUGAGUGUGCGAACAUUCAGGGCAUCGGUUAUCCUUUCUGGGGACAAAACCGGCUACCAUACUGCGGCCACCCGCGUUUCAGGCUGAAUUGCCAAGGUGAUGCCCCCAUAAUCACAAUCCUGUCAAUGGAUUUCCGAGUCCUGGCUAUCGAUAACAAAACGCAAACUCUCACAGUUGCUAGACAGGAUCUGUGGAACAAUAUUUGUCCAAUCUUUCUUUACAACACCACCAUGGAUUUCAACAUCUUUAGCUAUUCAAUCCGCCAGCGGAACAUCAGUCUUCAUUACGGGUGCCCCAGAGUUCCAGUAAGCUUGCAAAAUCAAUUUGAUUGCAAUGUGAACAACACCCCCAGUUCUAGUUAUUUCACAAUGGAAGAAACACUCGACUUUUUCAUCAACAAUACCGCAAUGACCUGCAAUAGCAAUGUUAUUGUUCCGGUUAAUGAGACCUCGACUGAGAUAUUGUCAAGCGAUUCGUCUACGACAAAUAAUCUAACAGCAGCUCUUGACGGUGGUUUUCAGUUGCAGUGGGAUGCGAAUAAUAUGUACUGCACCCAGUGCAACGAUUCUGGUGGGCGAUGUGGGUCUGACUCAAGCAACACAUCCUUUGCUUGCUAUUGUUUAGGUGGAUCAUAUGCUCGCACCUGUCGUAAUACGGAUCAAACUGGAAAGGUCCUCGAACUUCUUAUGCCAUAUAGACAACAUUGUAUUGUAGAUCAAAUUGGAGGGCAUCUGAUUUUCAAGUUCUCUGACUUGGAAACACAGGCCCUGGAAUUUGCCAGAACUUGGCCUGGUUUUGAGGAUUGCAUCUAUGGGUGUAGAUAG